UGAUGAAUGAGGGAUAAGAGCAGAUAUAAUGAUCACACUGUUUAAAGCUGCAGACAGAAACAUCAGACUCAGGACAGAAACACACGACCUCUAAAAAAUGGAGCAAACUCUAUAUUUCAUUCUUCUUCUCAUUGCUCUCUGCUCCGUAUCUGAAUGUGUUCAGCGUCAGUAUCACUUUAUAAACGUGACGAAGACCUGGACUGAAGCUCAGAGAUACUGCAGAGAGAAUUACACAGAUCUGGCCACCGUUGACAACAUGAACGACAUGAUCGAGCUGAACAAGAGUGUGAAAGAUUCAGGCGUUCAGUAUGUCUGGAUUGGGCUGGAGAGGAAAUGGCAGUGGUCUUCAGGUGAUCCUGCGCUCUAUCUGAACUGGGCUCCUGGACAACCUGAUGGCAGAGAAGAGAUGUGUGCUGUGAUGAGAAAUGGACAAUGGCAUGAUUUGUCAUGUAGUAUCAGCCUGACUUUCAUCUGCAGUUCUUCUAACAACACGAACACAGGACUCGUCUUUGUCAAUCAGACGAAGAAUUGGAGAGACGCUCAGAGUUACUGCAGACAGAAUCACAUUGAUCUGGUCAGUGUGAGGAACCAGAAUGAGAGUCAACAGCUUCAGAAGUUCAUCAAUGAUAGUCUCAUAUCUGGUGAUGUCUGGAUCGGUCUCUUCAAUGGCUCAUGGCAGUGGUCAGAUCAGAGUAACUCCUCAUUCAGAUACUGGUAUCCUGGUGAACCUAAUAAUGCUGGAAAUGAAAUCUGUGUAGAGAUUUAUCCGAACGCUCAGGGACAAUGGAAUGACGACCCUUGCAAUAAACAACAUCCUUUUGUGUGUCAUGAAGAUAAACUGAUUCUGAUCAAAGAGUAUCUGACGUGGUCUGAAGCUCUGAGAUACUGCAGACAGAAUCAUACGGAUCUGGUCUCGGUUCAUUCAGAAGAGAUUCAGCGUGAGGUGAUGAAUGUGGUUAAACAGGCGUCUACUGAGGAGGUGUGGUUGGGUUUACGUCACUCCUGCACUGUGGGCCUCUGGUUCUGGGUGAGCGGACAGACCGUGUGCUAUCAGAACUGGGCUCCAGGGAACGGCACAGGAGAGGAAGAGUGUGAGUGUACAGUGAGAUCUGGAGCAGUUCAGUCUGGAGGAGAUCAGCGCUGGAUCAGCCGUCCUGAAACUCACAAACUCAACUUCAUCUGCAGCAGAUAUGAAGAGUGAAUGGAUACACAUACAUUUCAUGUAAGAUAACAAAUGCUUGUGUGUUCACUUCCUUUAACUUCAGUUUCAUUCAUCACUUGGUUUGUUGUGAAUCAUUCAGCACGUGUAUCAAACUGCUAAAGUCACGUGAUUUCAGUAAACAAGGCUUUUUUGAAACAUUUCAAAAUUUUAAUGGUUUGCCACUAUGAUCUCUGUGAACCCAUGAACCUGUGUCUGUAUGGUUAUACAAUAAAAUAAAAGAGACUUACACAGUAGGGUAUCAUGUAAGUCUAAAUAAACAGUUUCAAAUAUUGACGUUUGUUGUUCAGUUGUUAAUUGUUAAGAGCCUCGACGUCCAGAACUGCUGUUUGCUUUCACAAACUCUUUCUGUCUCGUUUUGUGUUAUUUACUAACUUCAGAAUUAAUUGAAUUUUGUGAGGGGUCAAAGGGCAUCAUAUACUCAUCAUUAUACUGUAUGUUUAUACUGUUUUCUUUCUAUUUUGUCAUGAUAUAAUUCAUGUAACUGAAGAUGGUGUGAGUUUUUUAAUUCCUCAUUUGUGUUUUAAGGAUCUCUGUAUGCUGUUGUGGCUACUUCUCUCUCUUAUAUUGAGUUUCAUGUGUUAAUCAUGACUUUAUAUUAGAAAUGACUGGAUGAAUGUGAAUCAAUGAGCACCAACAUUAUGUGCCUCAGAUAAAUGAAAUAUUGUUUAUUCAUGAAGGAGUGAAGGUUGGGUAUAAAAUAUCUAAUUCUUUUGUGCUAAACAUAAAAGAACGUGUCAACAACAGCAGCUCAAAUAAACUCAUGUACAACCA